GCCUCAGCAUCAAUCCCUCACAUAAACGCCCCGCAUCCCCAAUGGCUUCAUUCCAGUUUCUAGAUCAGCGCGAAGAAGAUGAGCUUCAUAAAUCGCGUCUCCUGAACGUCGAAGAGAAGCCCUUCAAGCGAAUCACGAAAAGACUCCUCACCCCCGGUUCCCUUGUCUCAACACCUAGCAAGCUCCCAACACCACCUCCAGACAACGCAGACGAAGCUGCCGCCCUGCAAGAGAGUGAGCGACAGAAACAGCUUGAUGAGCGCCGUCAGUUCCGCGAAGAUGUGCUACUCGAUUUCGCAGCUUUUGAUUCAAGCAUUGCGCGCAUUCAAUUUCUAAGGAAUAGUAAUGAGCGGGAAAGAGAGCGGUACAGAGCGGACAAGCAACGGAUUCAGGAGACGGCCCAGGCGGUCAGGGAUAGCACGGCGCAAUUGAGGAUUCAACUUGAAGGAGCGAGGGCGACGUUGGAGCAGAGGAAGAAAUUCGAUAAGCUGGCUGAGAAGAUCACAAAUAAUAAACUGCUGAGACCGAGGGAAGAUCAGGAGAUUAAUCUGAGGAAGCUGGAGGAGGAAUGCCGGGAGUUGGAGAGGGAAAGUCGCGCAUAUAGCGAGACAUGGAAGGAGAGACGGGAGCAGUUCGGUAGGAUUGUGGAGGAGGGCAUGCAACUACGGAGAUUGAUCAGGGAUGAGAAGGAAGAAGUAGAAAGGAGGGAGGGCAUGGACGGUGGCGAGGAGGAUGGCGAGGUUGGCGAGGGAUCUAGGGGUGGUCAGACGCCGAGGCACAGUAGUCUGAGUGGGAACGCUACCCCUAGGCCAGAUGGACCGACUGAGAACAGUGAUAACACUGGCUUGAAACCCAGACCAAUGGCUUCUGGGUCGUUAUCCAGGCCGGGAAGUAGGGCAAACAGCCGGGCGCCGUCCCCCUCUGUGUCGGAGAGGCGGAUGGAGGAGCAUGAAGAGGGAGAGGAUUCUACAAUGGGAGAUGCUGGGAAAGUUGCCGAGUCUGAUAUUGUGGUUGACACACCGAUGGCCGAAGCUACGGAGCCACAAACUGAGGGUGGAACACCACAGGUGAUAAUCGAGGAACCAGUCGAAGAGGGCCCAGCAGCAGUCCAGGGCGAGGCUGAAGAUAAGAUGGACACCACGUAGUUCAUUUACUUGCAAGAGCCACAUGAGCCAUUUGUACCAUAGCAAAAUGAUACCCUCCCUUUACCCACCAUACCUGAUGAACACCAUUAUGAUUUCCCCGCCGCAUGAGAAUUCCACCCCGCAUC